UGCUUACUUAGCUAACUGAACAGAGACAGACAUGUUUUAUUUUUUAUCAAGUAAAAUGAAUUUCUUACUUGUGGCAAGCAUAGCAAGAAAAAGAAUAAAUUUGAAAUUGUUGUCUUAAUGGAGUUGAAUUUCUCACUUGAGGCUAAUAAAAAGUUUUAAAGGAAUCAAAGCAAAUGGAGUUUUUUUAAAGUCUAAUGGUUUUGAUUGUGUAAAAUAAUUUUCAAACAAAAGGCUACUAAACUCUCUACUUUUAAACAUAUAUAUUGAACCAGAGUGACAUUUAUAAGCAUUGACCAUUCAAAAAUUUUAUUUGAAUUCUAUUGUGGGUAAAAGUUGGAUCAAAACUUUCAAAAUAAAAAGGUGUAGUUAAAGUGCUUUAGUAGUGGGAAAAGAAAUGGUAAAUAUUAUGAGCUGAAGAAUGGCUAAUAAAAUUGUCAGGGAGGACCAAAUUGACCAUGUAUCCUACCAGAGGUUAUAUGCUUCACCAUACUUUCAACGCGAAAACUAUGAACGUAUUCAAAAAUGGUUAAAUGAGCAACCUGACUUUAUUCUUUACCCACCCUCAGAGGAUGAUUCCGUCUCAUCUUCGAUAUAUUCUAAUUACAAAAUGAAUAAUGAGACUGCAAGUAAAUAUGAAACAAACAAUAAAAAAAUACUAAAACAUUCAUAUGAAGAUGAACUAAGUAAUAAUUUUCAAAAUACUAAAAUAUUUUCACCAAACACAAUGAGGCGUCGAAGAUAUAUACCAUAUUCCUAUCCUACUUUAACCCAAUCCCAAAGUUUGUCUUGUGUGAAUGAGUUAGGCUUACCUGAUCAACCUGACACAAGACUACAUCCAAGGAAUUGUUCUGUUUUAAAUAAAGGCAAUACUUUUCCUAGAAGAAAUCAUAUAUCAAAUAAACAAAGUUCUAAUAUAUUUCAACAAGCUCAAGUUCGGAAAAAUCGUCGAACAUUGCAUGAUGAUUUAUAUAAAAACACUGUAAUUCAAGGUCAUCAAACUAAGUUAAACCAUCAUAUUGAUUCUAAAGAAGUUUUAUCGAGAAAAAAUUCAUCAAAACCUGUUUUUCAGCCAAUACCUCUGGACAGUGCAAAUUCAAAUGCUUAUAUAAAUUCAUCUAAUUUCACAACUGGGGAUCAUUCAUAUAAAGUUAAAACUUUGGCUGAUAAUAGUCAACUCAAAGAUAUUACUACAAUUAAGUCCGAACAUUUAUCUCACAAUCAAUCUAGUGAAAUUCCAUUAAAAGAACCACCUAAAUUUGAUCGUAAAACAGAUAAUGAUCAAAAUGAGAAUAAAGUUUUAACUUCAUCAUUCGAUAAUAUUGAAUUUCUAGAAAAUCCUUCCCCUUUGUUUGAUUUCCCAAAAUCACCAGAAUUACAUUUAGUUAAAGCAUAUUCUUGGCCUAAACGACCUGUAUAUUUUAGAAAUGAAAAUUAUUUAUUUAAAAAUGAAGAAAGUACUCCAAAAAAGAUCUUAAAUAAGACUGAGGAGAGUGGUUAUAACACGGAAAAAAGUGAAGAAAAAUGGGAUUCUCAAUCUGCAAAAAAAAUUAGCUCCCCUAUUAAUGAUACUUUUGCCAGUGAAAGUUCUUUGUGUAGUGACAUCCCUCCAGAGCGUCCACCAUUACCAUACAAUAAGGAGACUGUAACAUGGCUAAAAUUACCACAUGAUACAAAAACAGAUCUUGAUACAUCAAUGUCUUUAAACCAACUUAGUGUUCCACAUGUGGUUCCUGUUAUCAAAGGUAGUGAUCAAACCAUAGAAAUCAGAAAUUUAAAGGAUUUGCUAAUCAAAAAUGAAGUAGAUCAAAUAAUACAUAAAAAAUCAGAAAGUGCUGAGUCUCCAAAUCGUUCAACAAUAACUGAUCUUCAAAAUCGCUCAACUGAUCUUCAAAGCAUCAGUUUAAGAGAUUUAAUAAAACUCCAUGAAGAAAAAAUUGCUAGUGUUUCAGCACGAUCAACCUAUAAAGGUGGUUUAAAAAGGUUUUCCCCUGUCCUAAUGAGAGAUGUGAGUUCUGAAAACAAAGCUAAAAACUCAUGGAAAAGGCAUACAACUAUUGGUUGUAAUGGUUUUGAAAAGUAUAAUGUUGAAAAUUUUCAACCUAUAGAAAAUGGCGAGGGAUAUCUUGCUUUUUCAAGUAGUGAACACUUGAACAAACCUGUUGAAAAAGUAGUAACUAAUUCGAUCAGCAAUUAUUCUCGUUCCGAUUCGAUAGCUUAUUUAAAAAGCAUGAGUGGAUCAUUAGUUUUAUCAAAAAUAGUAGACUCAUCAGUUUUAGUAUCACGUGAACAGCAAUACCAAAAUCUUAUUUCCUUACCCUUUGCUUCAGAUAGAUUGGAUUCACAGCAAAAACUCAGGAGCACCCUUACAAAAGACGCUUUUUCGCAGACUACGUCAGUUUCACACUCCACUCAAAGUCAUCUUGACACUGUAAAAGAGUUAAAUUUAGAGUUAGAAAACUUAAAACUUAAACAUAAAUAUGAAUGCGAUGAUUUGAUUCGUAAGUUAGAGGAACAAAAGAAGGUAGCAAAUGCUUAUCAAAAGCUUGAAGACAGGUAUAGACGAAAAGUGUUUGAUCUACAAAAAAUGAUGAAGAGUUGUACUUGUACUCGCAGAUCUGCUAAAGACUAUUUAUUUGAAAAUGGCUGCAACUCUCUAAUAAAUCGUCAAACAGUAUUAGAAGAUAAUCACGAUAUUUCUGUACAGAAAGUGGAUGGAAUUCUUAAUCAACUUGAAGCUUGGUUAAAUCACGAACAAACUGAAGAAUACAGCGAUGAAAUAUUGUCAUUUUGUAUGAACGAAAGUGUUACCAAGUCAAAUCGAUAUAUUAAUCAUACACUUGAUAUUAUUGACAAGUUUGAUGCGACUUCAGUUUAGAAUGUUUUAAGUUAGACAUUAAUAAAAAAUAAACAUAUAUAAUAUAUAAACGCACCUAUUUUAUUAUUAUUUUACAUUUUCAUGUUAUUUGUUAAUCUUUAUCUCUCA